AAUAUCCAGGACCAAAAUUCUAAUUUAAAACAAGGAAAUAUAACAUAAUUUAUGGAUGGAAUGAAUUCAAACGAACAAGAAAAUUUAUGGAAACUUUUGGCAACAGCUAUAUAUUCAACAGCAACUCCAUUUUCCAUUGUGGAAAAUGAUUAUUGGAUUCAAAAUUUUAAAGGUUUAAGGCCAAGUUUUAUUCCUCCAUCAAGACAUCUUAUAUCUAAUAAACUUCUUGAUGAUGAAUAUAUACAGAUGUCAACUAAUGUAAAUAAAAAAGUUCAUGAAGCAUUUGUGUUUAGAAUACAGAUAGACGGCUGGAGUAAUAUCAGAAAUGAACCUAUUAUGAAUAUUAUUAUUACUACCCCAGAACCAGUUGUUUAAAAAUCUUUAAGUACUACUACAAGUAGACAUACAGCGGAG